AUGUGUCAUAAAAAUGCCAAGACGGUGCCAGGAGGUGACCCUGUACGGCGCCAGGCCUUCCGCGACCACCAACAGAAGGUAACCACUGAUAACAAGUUCUCUUACUCAUCCAUUUGGUGGAAUUACACGACCUCAGUCUGGCAGCUUACCAGACCUCAUCAGACCUUACCAGACCACACUGGACCUUACCAGACCACACCAGACAUUACCAGACCUCAUCAGACCUUACCAGACCACACUGGACCUUACCAGACCACACCAGACAUUACCAUACCUCACCAGACCUUACCAGAUCACACUAGACCCUACCAGACCAGACCUUACCAGACCACACUAGACCUUACUAGACCACACCAGAGCUUACGAGACCACACCAGACCUUACCAGACCACACCAGACCUUACCAGACCACACCAUGCUCUACCACAUCACACUAGACGCCACCAGACCAGACCAGACCAGACCAGACCAGAGCCGAAGAGACGCUCUGAAGUCAAUACUGGAGCAUAA